AAACUCAGAUAUUCGUCACUAUCGAGUCAUACAACUUCUAUAACAAAUUCCUAAAGAACAUCAUCAUGCCUGAAGUAGACUAUUUCCUCAAUCUGCUCAACCUCGAGCAUCUUCCUCCCUUGCCAGAAGAUCCGGUCAAGAAAGCCGAUAUUGAGUCUGUCCUGAAAAAUGGCUAUGUUGCACUCGACAAUCUUCUUACCGAAGAAGAUGUCCAAUCUCUUCGGGAAGAAGUUGAUCGUUUGACGGGUGAAAGUCCACGAAAGGGUCGUCAUAUGUUCGAGGGAAGGGAUACGAUCAGAAUUUAUUCCUUGUUGAAUAAGUCACGCAAGUUCGACAAGUGCUGCCUUCUCGAUCGAGUUCUUGCCUUGAACGAUUAUUUCUUGAUGAAAGGUUAUACCAUCUCUGCCACGUCGACUAUACAGAUUAAUCCCGGAGAGAAGCCUCAGUUAUUCCACCACGAUGAUGGAUAUACGUACCUUCCUCGUCCUCGCCCUCCAAUGGGCGUUGCUAUUAUGAUAGCAAUCGACGACUUCACUGCAGAGAACGGUGCAACCUUGAUGAUCCCUGGCAGCCACCUCUGGGACUCCAAACGAAGACCGACUAUGGAAGAGGCUGUGCCUAUGGUAGGCAAGGCUGGCACUGUCUUCUACUUCCUCGGUACAACCUGGCACUGUGGUGGCCCUAACGUGUCCGAUAAACCUCGUCGUGCAGCGACCAUUCAAUGGUGUCAGCCAUAUAUCCGUGCCGUCGAGAACCAAUUCCUCGCUGUCGACCCUCGUCGUUUGGCAGAGAUCCCAGAUGAUAUUGUUAAGAUGAUGGGCUACGGCUUACAGAAGCCAUUCAUCGGGUAUGUGGAUGGUCUCGAUCCUCUCAAGGGAGCACGGCGUAUGGUUGACUGGCUUCAACAACCCCUUGAUGCCCACCCACCUGCUUUUGCGACGAUGACCUGAAUCACCACAUAGCUUCCGAUAUGACCCCUUUUGGGUUUUUUCUUUACCUCCUUUGCUUCAAGUUCCUUCAAUUCGGCGCUGGAGUCCAUAUUAUUCGUCGUGACCUUCCAGGCAAUAUAGUAUGCACAUGUUUAGCAAGCGAUACCUAUACCAGAACAGCCCAUCAUAUACAGAUUAACGAAUUAUGACUUUGAUUAUG